AUGGACUCUCUUAACCAUGGUACCAGUAGCAUUUCUCGACUGUCCCAGCUGUAUAUGGUCUCCAUAACGCGUGAGAGGGCCCGCAAAACAAACCUCGAGUCUCCGUCACACGUGUUGCUUCAGACCGAUGGCAAAUUAUCACCAGAUCCGCUCACAGGUAGGCCACAAAAUGUGGCUCACGUUACGAACGCGAUCAUGUACGGCAUUAUCAACUCCAUCCUGACGAUCCCCACCAUGUACGGAUACGCCGUCAUCCUCUUCAGCCACAAAGACUUCGAAGACUUUAUGCCGGCACUGUCCAAGCUCGUCAUCUUCUCCAGCGUCGUACACCAGGUCAUGUUCACACUCAUGAGCUCGCUGCCGUUCUCCAUCGGCCAAGUGCAAGAUGCCGGUCUCAUCUUUCUCAGUACCAUGGCCACUUCAAUCUGCGACUCACUGGGCAAUGACGUGCCGCUGGAGGCCAAAGUGACCACUUGUAUCAUCGUCAUCGGCAUUGCUACAGCCUCACUCGGUGUCUGUCUCGUGGUCAUGGGCAAGCUGAAGCUGGCUGCACUCGCGUCGUAUCUGCCGAUGCCCGUGAUCGGUGGCUACUUGGCCUUCAUCGGUAUUUUCUGUUUCUACGCUGGCCUCGCCUUGUGUACAGGUCUCGUCGUGAACGACAUGGAGUCCAUGAUCGGCGUCUUCGACAACGCCCACGACGUCCUGCUGUGUGUCCCUGGUAUUCUCGGUGGAGCUUUCCUGCUGGUUGUCUCGCAACGUUACGACAACUCAUUUAUCCUGUCUGGAGCCAUCUUGAUCAUGCCCGUGGUGUUCUUCUUCAUCGUGUUGGUGGGCGGCAUCUCCAUGGACGACGCGCGGGAUGGAGGCUGGAUCGACCCGGCCAAGGAUCCCGCCACUGUCUCGGAGCUGCUCGAUCUCUUCGACUUUAACGAGGUGCAUUGGGACCAGCUAUCUAAACAAUUCGGAACGUGGAUCGGCAUGGUCUUCAUCGUCGCGUUCUCGUCCUGUUUGGAUAUCGCCGCUAUUGAGCUUGACAUGGGCAGCAAACUCGACUUCAAUCACGAGCUCAAGACCGUCGGCUGGUCGAACGUCGUGAGCGGUCUCUUGGGAGGAUACACAGGAUCCUACAUCUUCUCGCAGACCAUCUUCACCUACCGUUCCAAGACCAACUCGCGCAUCGUCGGUGUGUGCGUCAUCAUCUCGGAGUUUGCCAUCGUGCUGGCCCCCGUGUCCGUCAUGAGCUACGUGCCUCGCUUCUUCUUCGCUGCCACGUUGAUCUUCAUUGCUAUCGACCUCAUGAUCGAGUGGCUCCUCCUCACGUUCAAGAAAAUGUCGUUGCGCGAGUAUGCGGUGCUGUGGAUGACGUUCGUGGCCGUGAAUCUCGUGGCGCUGGACGAGGGGAUGCUCAUUGGUGUGGGCAUUGCAAUUGUCAACUUCCUGUUGGGCUACAUUCGGCUGCCUGUUGUGAGCAGGAAGCCUCGUGCGUCAGGGGCAGCACGCACUCUCUCGGAGCGGAGAACACUGGACCAGAAGCAAGAUGCGAUCGCGUAUUUUGAGCUGAGUGGUUUCCUAUUCUUCGGUUCGUCCGUGCAGAUCCUCGACAUUGUCCAGAAGGCAGUUAUCGUCCGUAAGAAAGUACCGGGUGCUGAGGCUGGCGAUGCUAGGGCCAGUUAUCUAAGUGAUGUCGGCGCGCCUUUGACGCCAGAUGAGCACCGGAUACCCUUGAUCGAGUGUCUGGAUGGAACCCCUGCUACUGACCCCGACGCCGUCCCGACCAAGUUCGUCGUCAUGGAUUUCACGAACGUCACGGCGAUGGACGCGACCGCCGCACGCAGCGCAUUCUUGGUUCUGCAGAAGUACUGCAGCAACCACGACAUCACCGUCCUUCUACUCGAGUGCAGAGUCAGCCCUCGAGCUUUGUGA